AUAAAAUAAAGUGUGAGCUGAAGAAAUAAAAUCUGAAGCAUUAAAUCCCGCGUCAGCGUUUGUUUAAAUUCAUGGACAAAGACAAAAGCGCCGACAUUCAGGCUCAGAGCUCCUGGAUGGAGAUGCAUCAGUUCAUCGGCGAGCUCCUCACAUCUGGAAGCCAACCUAAAUAUCAGCCAGAUGUGCGAAACCCAGCGUGGGGAGCGGCUUCCGGUCUGGGGACCAGAGUAGCUCCACUUGAACCCCUGCAGCCACCCCGGGAGGCUGUGUCAGACAGACGAGUUCAGCCUGAAACACCCCAGAGGAGAGGGCCGACCAGAGACGGAGCUGAAGGUUUAAAUGUGCAUCAUGCGUGCACCUGUCCUGGCUGUCCAUUCUCCAGUUCUCCUCCUUCCUUUGAAACUUUAACUCCCCGACAGUCCGUGUCCUCUUCACCAUAUUUACAAGCUUCAUGCCAGCCUGAAGAUCUCAGCCUCAGCAUUUGUCCGCCUGACACCACCGUACCCAGCAGCAGCUCCACGUCUGAGUCCGUCCCAUCCGUCCGGCCUCGGGGAGACAACGCAGACAGGGGGGCUCAGAACCGAAGCCAAAACUCUGACGCUCCUCCUGUAAGAUCAUCUUUGUCCCAUUUCUCCAUGUUUCCCUGUUUGUGCUGCCACCGGAGCAUACAAACCUGCCCUCAGCUCCUGAGCCACCAACAAGGCAGGGACCCACCUUUUUCUCACACCCAUCAUCAUUUUCAUCACCACCACUGUCCCUUAACGUCCUGUGUGCCCUGUCCUCAACUAACACGCUCUGCACAACUUUCUGGAGCCUACCCCUGCUUGUCCUGCCAGUGCUCCUUUCCUGCGUGCCGUCCGGUCUGCCAGCACCAGCACACACGCACGCAGCAACAAGAAGAGAGGAGCAGGACUUUGUUGUCGCUGCAUCCAUGCAUGCACUGCACAGCCUCGUUUUCCAGGCCGUCGCAGCUGCUGCAGCACCAGCGCUCCGAGCACGCCCACAAACCGCCCGGCUUCCUCUGCACCGAGUGCGGCAGGGCCUUCAACUCGCAAAGCAACCUGCGCAUACACCUCAACGUUCACACCGGCGCCCGGCCCUACUCCUGCACAGACUGCGGGAAGAGUUUCAGCCAGUCAGGAGCUCUGAAGAUCCACAGGCGGAUUCACACAGGCGAAAGGCCGUACUCGUGCGGCUUCUGCGGCAGGGGGUUCCCCCACCUAGCUGGGGUCCGAGCCCACCAGAGGAUCCACACUGGGGAGAAGCCCUACAGUUGUGGACAGUGUGGGAAGUGCUUCACCCAGUCAGGAGCUCUGAAGGUUCACACCCGCAUCCACACAGGGGAGAGGCCCUUCAUCUGCAGCAUCUGCGAGAAGGGCUUCUCUAACCGCUCUGGGAUCCGCUUCCACUAUCGCACAGUCCAUGGCCUGACUCCAGAACAUGACGGGGAGGGAGAAGCUGGGGGUGCACAUCCAGGACCAUCAGGGUUCUCUCCAGGGCGUCCAAGAACUGUAAAUGUUAGGCUCAACCCACAGAACAGCUCAGAAACCGACUCGCACACAGCUCUAAAUACUUCAAGUUCUGCUGAUCGCAGCUCCUCCUCGCUUCAUGGAAAUGAGAGGAAAUCUCAGGAUGGAGCUGCAGACGGUCACAGAGAAGAGCUUCUUUAUGCAUGCGAGGACUGCGGUCUGCGCUUUAAAGAUGCUCCAUCCAGGAACAGACACCAGACUCUGGUGCACUACUCACAUGAAGGAAGAAAUGAUGAGGAGGAGGGGCAGAGGAAGGAGUUCAGCACAAGCAGGGAGGUUCACAAUCAAAGCCUGUGA